CUAAAAUCGCUCACGCGAACAAAUAUUCCGAGCACGAGUUUGAUUCAUGGCGUGUCAAACUUUCGUGAGCCGAGUAUAACGUAGCGUGUAGAAAGUUAACCGAUUAACACCUUUUCACAAUACUCUGUUGACUUUUUGUUCGUUGUCACCGUUGAAGAAUCAGACGAGAAUUCCAUGAGGAUGAAAAGGUAAGUUAAGUUCUUUGCAUUUUUGUUUGGUUCUCGAUCGAGGGAAUCAACAAUUGCGGCAGUCGUUUUACAGUUUGGACGUUUUCUCGGCGCUAAUGUAUGAGAGUAAUAAUGAUUAAAAUCAUAGGUUGCUGAUUCUUGGAAAAUUGUUUAAACUUAAACACCUUAGGGAUUUAGGAUUACGUUGUUUUAUGGUACAAUUAGCUCGGAAUUCACUGACAGAUAAAUUUAAUUAUGCAUUAAGCUUAUUUGUGGAGAUAAAAGUGAAAGUUAAAAGGCUUCGUUGUGUAUUCUUAAGGCUUACUGUAUCUAAACUGCCAAAAUGAGUGAUUAUUAUCAUUUAUCUUAUGAUAAUUCCCUUUUAAUGUACACCUUCAUCGGAUACUAUUAAAAACUGGGAAAUUUUUAAUGAGCCUUUUUCGUGGUCACAGGAAGUUGUAAGUUUUCGGUGUCAUACAUGCCCUCUAAAAAUGUAGUAUAACAUUUUGUUUGAAUGGACCACAUGGAAAGUGAAAUAUUCUUGUUUCUUUUUUUCUACCAAAUAAAAUGUUUGAAGCAGCUGAGGGUUUAGGAGAGCAUGUGAACUUAAUUUGGAAGCCCCCAAAACAACGGUUGAGUGAAAAUGAAAAGAUUGACGUCAUAAAGACUGUUCAAAACGCAUAUUUACACAGGGAUUGUCUCUCUAGAGGAAAGUGGAUGAGCAGUUGGUACACAUGGUAUUGGCAGGCUAGAUUAUUUCUUGUAGAAUUGUAGUUAAAAUCUGUUCUCAGGUUAAACCAGUGUUCUACUGGGAAAAGUUGGUUGAAGCUGAGACAAAUUUUACUUAUGAUGUAUUUGCCUCCGACAAACCGUGUAUUUCCCAACUAUUGAGACGGGAAUGAAUGUUUCCCUUUAAUUAUAGAAAAGGAUUUUGAAAAUUUAUUUAAUAGUCACACUUAAAGCUGCUCUCUGCACCAGCUUGCACUGCCUCCAGUCUCCUUUAGAGUCCCUUACGACUGCUGUUACUCUGCCAAACAGGUAUCUUGCAACUUUUGACAUGAAUAAUCCCAUUUGCAAGUUCAUUACCAGCCAUACAGAUAAGAUCUUUUAAUAAGCAUUAACUUAGCUUUGAAUCUUAAUUCAGGAGAAACGAUUGCUUCUAGUCGUUAUUACUCCCUCAGUAACGUCUGAAUCGACCGGCCGUUAAUGCCGUUCAGUGAUGUCACUCCCUACCCGAAAACCGGGUAGUGAUUUUGAUUGGUUGAUUGUCUAAACAUUCGCAUAAUUAUGUAUAAUUAUGAAAAACUUUAGCGGGAUUGUCGCUUGAUAUUCAGCGGAUCGCAUCCCUGGCAUUCUUUCCUGUAGUUCAAACAUUUCGAUAAGCUUAAUCUUUAUCUUAAACAGCAAAAUUGCCUUUGUCUUCGAAACUGAAAUGCUAAAUUGAACUGAGAAGGAAGAACCAUUGGGGAGAGUCAGUAGGUUUUUUAUGUAGAGCGCCGCUUUGUGGUUUCGGAGGCUGGUGAUUUUGUUUAUGCGAAGUUUUCUGAGAUCAAUGUUAUAAUUCGACCUUCUUACUAUUUUCACCGUCAGGUGUAAUGAUCCUGUUAGCUUUUCUUUCUUGUUUCCUUGUUUUUUUUUCUUCGUUAAGGACCAAAUAGCUUCUUUUCAAUUAAAGCAAAUCAUUGUGUUUUUGUACUAAGUGUCCCAUGUGUGUGUUUAUUUCAUUGUGUGAUUGCGACCGAGUUUGAUUACAGAACUAAUAAUAAUAAUAAUAACCUUUAUUUUAAGAGGGUGACACCUAUUACUAUGAAGUAUUCUCCCUAGUGGCCCUCGGUGGAUACUAGGUACUAGGGAAGCGAGGAAAGGUACUAGGGAAACUACAACCUGUUCAGAGUUGUACUGCAAGCUGUUGAUAGUUUGAACGUUAAACAUGAAUUACGAUAAAAAAAAAUAACGCAAUUCUGUGUCAUGCAGACAUUUCCAAACAAUAUUUCUCGGUUUGCCACUUGAAAAUCGUGUUUUACUUUUUGCAUGAAUUAAAGCAAAGAUCAAAGAGUAGUGACGUCACUGGACGGCAUUAACGGCCGGUCGAUUCAGACGUUACUGAGGGAGUAAUAACGACUCGAAGUAAUUGGAUGAAAUUCAGGCUAAAGGGUGUAGGAUUGUCCUCAGUCUCCAUUUUUGCAAAAAUGUAUCCACAGUUCUAAAAGUCUCCUAAAAAUUUAUUUUUACCAUUGAAGUUGCAUCAGGAUGAUUUCUGUUAUUUUAUUUUUUUUGCUGUGUUUUAUGUAACCACGUAACACACAUCCCUAUGAAGAUUUAAAAUCUGUUUUGAACUUUGUAGGUGUUAUUGUUUUUUAACUUUUCAUCUCUUAGAGCCUUUACUAAGUCUUGGUCUUGGGUUUGAUAAAAGAAGAUAAGGCUUAGUCUUGGAGUUUAAAACCUGGGUCUUGUGUUCUUACAGAGUCCCAGAUCUACCAUUUUUUGCCCCAGUGGUACCCAGUUGAAGCUGCUUCCAACCUUAAUAGUUCCUUUUUUCUUUUUUUUUUUUUUGUUUCUUAGGACAUGAGCAGCUCUUAGUAGACGCAGAAAAGACACAUACGGCACUUAUGAUUAUGGAUCACCGACCAGGCAGGGUAUGUCUGAUUUUUAUUUUGGUUGGUUAAAAGGGAUGCCACAAGUUGGAAAAGAGCAAAGAGCAAAAUAUAGAGUUUCUACAGCUCAUAUGAUGCCUUGAAACUGUAGGAAAGGGAAGGCAGUUUUGGUUGAAAUACUAAUAUUAUUGCAAUCUUCAAAAGAACUAUGGCUCAGAAUAUAUCAGGACUCUCUUUCAUUCCUAUUGUUUAUUUUAUGCAAUAUUUCACAGCUGUUUUGAAAUAUUUUCAAGAACUUGCUGGUAACUUCUGUUAGUUUACAUGGUAAGGUACUUUCUAAUAAUGCAAUAACAAUAAUGAUAAUGAUAAUGAAAGGUGUUCAUUUCAUUUUUUUUUUCUUUAGCAGAGGGAUAGUGGCUCAAAACUGACAGAAAAAUUCAUUGCUGGACGAGGAAGAGCUCUCAGGGAGUCUGCAAGAAGGUCUCCAAAAGCAGAGGUUGAUAAAUAUCAUCUUUUUAUUUGGUAUUUUCUCCCAUAAAUUGUGAUUGUUUUCUUAAAAUGAGUUUUCCUAGUAUUAAAAUGAGGCUGUCUUUUCCAUGAAAAGUGUGGCAUUGUGUUAUUGUUUUUUUUUUUAAAUUCAUGUUCUUUUGUUAUAAUAAUUGCAAUAAUGCCUGGGAGACUAACACGUCCAUCUUUGAGACUCAAACAAAAGCGUCUCCAGUUUGGUCAUUGCUAUCAGGCAGAUAAGGAAACAAUAUCAUCGCUCAUCCUCAGGCACUCCGCGGGCACAGUGCAUUCACUUAAGCUAACAUACCCUGAAGUGAUUGCUAGGGAUUCAGGAUUUGAUACCAGGGACCUGAGAACAGCGAUGGUGAAUCGUGGUGUUUGGGAAGAAAUCUCCGUGAAUGCCCUGUCCUGUCCACUCAGGUGAUCUAAGGAUGAUGAUGAUGAUGAUGAUGAUGAAUGCCUUUAGGUUUGAUUUUGAAUGCAGCUGUCUGCUUAAACAUGGCUAAUGACACACAUGGAAAGUGGAAAUUAAGUGGGAUUGCCAAUCAUUUGGUGUUUUUUUUAUUUAAUUGCUUUAAAACAAAUAUUUUGUAGUGAUUGCUAAAAAGGAAAGCAUCAUAUUACAAAUUAAGUUGUCUGCUGUUCAUUGUUAUUAGCAACUGCAGAGCAUGUAUUUACGUGGUCACAAGAAUUACUGUUUUAAACAUUAUAAAUUGAGUAUGAAUUUACAAUUUUUGCCUGUUGUGUAUUUAGGAGGUUGAAAAAAGAAAACAAAUACAGCAGCUAAUACUGAGUGGGAAAAUCUUGCUGGACAAGGUAACAAAAUUAUUAAUAAGAGAAUCCAAAGCGACCAUUGUUUUCAACCUGUCACCACCUACAACCCCUUUUCAUUACCCUCUACCCCUGAAUAAUCCUUGAGAAAAGCAUGGCUUCCAGGUGACACAGGACAUAUUGAUCAUUUAUGGGCUUGUAACUUCAUAUUUCACAGCAUUCUCAGACCCUGAAAGGAUGAUUAGCAACAAUUAUAAUACAUAGUGUUGGAACUAUGUUGCAAUGAUUUGAAUCAAUGUUGCAACGCCAUGUUGCUCCAAAAAUAAUCAUUCAUUUGUGAAAAAAAAAAAAAUGUUUUCCUAGGUUGAUCUUUCAAGAAGCAAUAAUAUUAUUGUCUCUUAGGGCUAGUGUAGACAAAGAAAAAAUUGAGAGUCAACCUAGGUUAAAUCAAAAUUAACCUGAAAUCAAAUUUAGCCUGUAACAAAUGUAACAUCACCUUAAGAUGAAGUGAAUGUCUAUCAUAGAGAGAUCUGACCCUUAACGAGAGUCAAAAGGAACGACUGAAGGUAAGAAAGGGGCAUCACUGAACUCUUAGUUGCAAUUUUUUGCAAGUGUUUGACUUACAUAGGUAUGGUCUGCUAAGAGAUGUAGAGAGUUUAUGGUAACUUGUAACCUUAUUAUCCCUUUUCAAUGUUUUUCUCAGGAAACUAUUGAAAAACACUUAAAUGCUGGCAAAAGUGGAAGUGAUUCUGGUUCUCUCUCAUCAUCAUCAAGCCAGCUACAGUUAGAUGGAGAUGAUUUCUUAUUUGAUGUAAAUAGUGGAAAUGCAUGUUCAAAGGCCCCUGUUGGAUACUCUCAGUUGCAAGACCACAUGAAAACUGAAGCCACGCAAAACAGUCUUGAAAACUGCAUACAUAAAUUGGAUAUUGUUGAUGACAACAAAGGGGCAAUCAAUGAUAUGAUUCCCCCAAGAUUCCAAAACAGUAAAUGGGAAAAGAACUUCAAAAAGCAGAAAAGUAGACCAUGGGUCAAUAAGCAAAAACAGACUUACAAUAAGGGCAGUAAAAAAGAGGAAAGCAAUCGAAAGAAGAGUUGGGGUGAUGAGUCAACACCACAACAGGAACUUAGACCAUCAGGGUCUAGCAUUCAAAAUCAAGCUUCAAGUUUUGAUCCCUGGCGUGAGUGGGAGGCAUCGGUCGUUGUGGAUGGACGGAUUGAGGAUGAAUAUUUAGAAGACAUUGUAGUUGUUGAUGAUAAUGACAACCUGGAUGAUGUGAUGGUUCAACAGUAUGUGAAUGCACUGCAUCAAGAGACAAAUGGCACUGCUGCAAAGCCUACAACCUCUAAAGUGACUCCCAGUCUCAUUCAAGAACUAGGUAACCUUAAGUCAACAACAAAUGCUGAUUCUUACAAAAUGCCAGCAGGAACAAUUCCAAACCCUCCCAAAGGCCCUGAUCGCUGGGGUGGUGUUGAACUUAAAGGUAUUGAGGAGCCCACUGGCUGGGGUGAUAUUGUAGAAGAUUCAGGGAACUGGUAUGACGAUGGAUCAAUGAUGUGGGGAGCUCCGUCAGUGCCAUAUGGAGCUAACGGUGGAUGGAGUUGGAACAGUUAAGGACCAUAGUAUUGCAUCAAGCUUUUUAUUUUUUCUGAUCUUGUCUACCAUGAAGGUCAAAAGUCUUGGGAUACUUAACACAAUAAGACUAAUUAACCUGACUACCUUCCCCCUUGCCCUCAAGUAAUGGUGUAUUUUGUGCACACUGUCAGGGCUCAAAAAAAAAAAAACUUGAAUUCAAGCUUGUGUUUUGGGCAAGCAGCUCUCACAUUUUGCUUGCUCAGGGCCACUUCUUGCUCGUCUUUUAAUGGACGACUUGUUUGAACCAUUGCUCAUUGGGCAAGUGGGCUUUAAAAACGUGCCCAGCAAGAAAAUCUGCUUACAAGUCCUGCACAAUUAGACCAGACAUUUUUCUAACCCUGCCUGUACACUUUACCCUGUCCUGAAAAAAAGAAAUUUGCAACAUUGUUUGGAGGGGGGAGGGGAGGGCCAUUAGAGAUAUCCGAAUUAUUGCAAAUUAAAAUGGGUCUUAUGCUACUUUUGCAUAUUUGAUAUGUUUCCUUUGUUGAAGGAAGAUUUUCAAUAACUGUCCCAAGAAGUUUUGGCCUCCAUUGUAUGUUAAUGAUGUGUUUUUACUAGUUGCAAGCAGAAUUUUGUUAAAAUAAUGACAGUGGAGAUAGCACGUGUGAGCGGGGCCCCAUGCCUAAGACAAUUUGGUAAUCUGUCCAUCUGAGAAGUGUUCAUGGUAAUCAGGUGACUGUAUGCCUGUCCUUCCUCACCAUAGGGAAACCAAUGUGAAAAUGUGAAACUUUCUAGCGAGUGUAGGAGCCAAAACAGGGUUUCCGCUGACCAGUGAAAUGACCAGGGUUAACUAUAGAAAAUGUUUAUGUUAAACAUUGUAAGAAUUCAGUCCUCUUCCUCCCCCAAAUUGAUUUUUGGGCACACCUCAGGGACUUAGGCUUCAGAUACCUGAUACCUGAUGUACCUUAUAGCCUGGCAGAUUUCAGUCUGCGAGGAACAAAAGGGUUAAGUUUGAGAGCAGAAUUCAGCGGAAUAAACUAUUAUUAUAUAGGAGAUGGUUGAUCAUAUUUUUUAAUAUAUAGUUCUGCCACAUUUCAACUUGUGUGUCAGGUUUUUUUCAUUUGAGCCAGUUUUAAAAUUUGCCAGGAAAAAUGCUGGAUAAAAAUCUACCUUUACCGUUGUUGCCUUGUGGUUUCCUAGUUAAGGAGGUUACACAAACUACCGGUAGGUGAAAAAUUCUAAAUAUUUUGGGACUGUGAAUAAGAAAAAUAAAUGAAAAUAUCAUGGGGAAAUAUUUAAGAGCAGUUUCUCAUAGCUGCAUGGCAAUAUAACUUCAAGUAUACGUAAAGGACUGUUUUUUGUUUUUAACAAAGCAUUUGGCUUUUCAUUUUUGUGUCAGUCCCUAACAAAAAAAGAAACAAUUAUGGUGAAACAAAAUUUUAGGAUCAACAAACUAACUGAGGGGACCUAGAGGAAAUGAUUUUAGAGUGUGUUAGUUUCACUGUUUGACUCUAGUAGUUAACCUUUUUAAGUCUUAAUAUCAUAACAAAGUGCAUUUUCUCUGCAUCGUACUAUGUAUAAUUUAUUUUAAAGUGGAGAGGAUUCAUGUGCAAAUGACGGCAUAUUAGCUCUGCCAUUUUACCAAUGCAAUAAAGACUGUGUAAAGAAACAGGCUACGAGACAUUUGAAAUCAUUGUUUGAGCAUUGUUAAUCAUUAAAAACGUUUCCUUGAAAGUAAUUAUUACCUUUGGGGAAACGUUUUUCUUGUUUAAGUGGAGAAAGGUGACAAUUUUCUAAAAUGUGAAGCUUAUUAUAAAACUAAAGGCCAUUGCCUAGCCACAUUGUCUGUUUCUUUGUUUAAACUUUCUUUUUUAAAACCCUACCGUCUGUUCCUUGCAGAAAUCUUUUCAGACUAAUCUUGCAGGAAAUAGUAACUUGUAAUCCAAGAUUAUGCUGAAUGAACUGAUGGUUUUUUAAAUUUUCCUGUAAGUUUUCUAUUUCCUUGCUCCAAAGAAAAUUUUUUAAAAUUAGUUACUGCCAAUCGUGCAUUGUAAAAUGGAAAUAAAUUAGAAAAAUAACAUUAUUUUUGUAGCUUAAUAUUAUUGUCAUGACUGUAGCAUUUUACUUUUUAAAAUAAAGAUACUUGGAAGGAC